UCAUUUAUUAUCGCUAGAGCCCCAACCACCAGCAGCGAUGCGCUCCCCGAAGGCUCGCCGGGUCCCGGAGCACUGCGGGGAUGGCCCGCGGGGAGGGAGGUGGAGCAGCAGCCGAGGGCCGGGGGAGGAGGCUAGCCAAGCCGGGCGGGAGGCGGACGAGCAGGCUGCUCCGAGCCCGCGCCACGAACGGAGGCAGUAUCCCUUUUGUUCCCGGCCUCGUCAGCCGGCAGGCCCGCUCCCUGCGCACCCGCGCCUGUGCCCGCGGACCGCGCCGCCACCCUUCCCUGAGCCCCUUUGUGGCCGAAACGGCGGCGGUGGCAACAGGAGCUGCCGCCGGGGGUGCCGAGCCUGGGCAAGAGGAAUCAAGUUAAAGUUGCGCCUGGCAGAUCUGCCGCGGUGGGCGGGAGAGUUCGGGGCUCUGGCGACCGCGCAGCCCCUCCGCGGGUGCCCUCUCGCCGCUCCCGGGAACGAUCAGCAGGUGAGGAGGCGAGGAGCGGAGAGACCAGCGGGCAAGGGAUGCACUUCCCCUUGGCCGCCGUUGCAGGGGAGCGCAGAGCCGGCCGAGCGCUCCGGUUCCUCUAGACACCCCGCGAUCGGGGGGUCCAGAGGACAAAAGUUUUGAGGGAGCCUGGACAGAGGCAGGGGUACGCGGAGCCCGGAGACGCAGCACGAUCGGCGCGGAGCCGCAGGCGGCCGGCGCGGCUCAGCCAGCCUCUCCCCAGCACCUUUCUGCUCAGUCGGCUCGGCUCAGCUCGCGUGCUCCCUCGCAGCGCCCAGGCUCGCGCUCGCCCCGCCCCGCGCGCGCUCGCCCCGCCCCGUAUCGCCCCGCCCCCUUUGUCAGGACUGGAGGCCCCGAGAUCCAGGAGCUGAGCUGUCAAAGGCUGAGGAAGCUCCGCGGCUGCUGGCGCGCUCACAGCCCCGUGUGGUUCAAGCUAACCGAGGGGAGGGAAGGGGCGCAUCCGCUGCCUCGCUCGAGUAGAUGGUCGUCCUUGCCUCCUGUUCGGGCUCCCAGGACAAUACAAUCCAGACCCUAGUAGUCUGAACGUUUGGUUUCCCGGGAGGCACUGUACCAGCAGGAAAGCAGAACGCCACACGUGAGCGUCUCCCCUCCCGGCAGCAGCACUAUAGUGCGGUCCCCGCCUCGCCGGGCAUAAGGCAAGCGAGAAGGGACGCACUUCUCUCGGCUCGCAAAGCGCGGCAGAGUGGAUCGGGCUGUUAUGUUCGGUGACAGAGGACUGCCGGCCCUCCCGAGACGCGGACAGCGAGCCUGCGGCCUAGAAGCCUCCUCGCGGUGAGAAAAGACCCCUCCCAAGAGCAGCAGGAUGAGAGGACUCGGCCACGUAGAAGUGCGCCCUGAUGAAAACCUUGGCAGGGCCGAGAAUGGGCUGGCCUUUCUGCGAGCUGCUGCCGGCCCGGGAGCGGAGGACUCAGCCACGAAGGUCUUUCCUGGUCGCAACCCCUCCACAGAGAGGCACGGAGCCUCCCAGGGGCGCCCAGGGCGCUCCUGACCCUGCUGCGGUACGAGUGCCCUGACUCUGUAGAAAGUCCCUUUAAAGUUCUGAACUUGAAGCUUCCCACCCCCUCCUCAAGCGUCGCUUUAGAAGACGAAGUAGGGGCGGAAGUUUUUUGAUAAGCAGAAGUGAAUGGCCCCCGAGAACAGUAUAGGCUUCCAGAAGCCAUCAAGGAUAGCUUGUUGAAAUACGGGCGAGUGACCGUGGCCUGAAGAUACUGGGAGAAGAAGAAAACAAUGUACAAAUCAGCUACUAUAUGAAAACAAAUGAGCUUUAAAGGAAAAUACUCACACUUGCUACCCCUGUCCAGGAAGAAGAGUACUGAUCUGCAGCUUCCAGUCGCCUAGACUGGAGAACAGAGGCUGCCUGAUCCAAGACAAGCCACUGCCCGUCUCCCCAAGCACUCCUGCCUCGGAUGAGUGGAGUGUGCCUGUUCACAGGCAGCUAGCAUCUCUGCCUCUUAGUGUGUUCCAGCUGUCCCUGGUGUCCAGCAAGAACCCAAUGCAAUGUGGACUCAUGUUCCCAGAGCAGAUCUCCAAGGCCAGGUAUGCAGAGCUCCUGAGUGACUGUCCCCUCCCUGUUCCAUUCCUCUUCCUCCCACCUGUGGGAUGGGAUGAGGGAAGGGCUUGGGUCCUGAUCAAUUAUGGCUCUGUCACUUUACCCUUCUUUGUGUGGUCUUCUUUUCUUUGCCAGGUAUACGUAGUCUGUUCUGCACUCUUCAGAUCAUUUUCAGGGUUAGUUGUAUUUGCUGUAGUUGGUUUCUUAGUAUGUACGUGGGAGGAGGUUCCCUUGCCUUCCUGCUCCACCAUCUUUUUUCCCCUCUUCCUUACAAUAUUUCUUAAUGUAAAUUAGCAAGUGGCUUUUGGGUACAUUAUCAAUGUCUCUCUACAUGAAUCUGUUUCUCCAUGGCAAAGGCAGCUUGCAGAUACACUGAUCAAGAUUCCAGAUAUACAAAUCAAACUAGACCCUGGAGUAAAAGUAAAAUUCCAAACCUAGGGGCCCAUCCAACCUGUCCACAACAGUACUAUACUAAUUAUAGCAGCACAAAUACUCAUAACAAGCAUGACUUAUGCUUCCUCCAUACCUAAAUAAAGAAAAGAAAAGACCAUAUUGGCCUCUCUAGAGGUUAAAUAGCGAAAGGAAAUCUUGACUUGAUAAAUAAAUCUUGAUAUCCUGUGGAUUCUGUGGAGAUAUGCUUUGACAUUUACCUCUAAGUAAUGUACUUGCAUGAAAUUAUUCAGUAUUCAAUCAUCUUAUUUCUAUUAAGAAAUCCAUGCAGUUUACAUAAUAAUUUUUAAAGGACAAAUAAGCUUUUUUGUAGUUUGUUUUGAGUUUUAAUAUAUUUUAGAAAUAAAAAAGACCUUCCUCUAGUGACUAACAUUUGCAUAUUCCUUGAGAUUGUAAGGGUUUUUCAUGUAUAUCAACUCAUAAUAUGUAUAUCAUUCUCAUAACAAUACUAUGAGGAAGAUAGAGGAGCUAUUAUCUCCAUUCAUAAAUAUGAGGAAAAUGAGGCACAAUGAUGUUAAGUGAAUAUUACAAUUCAGCAAAUAAGAAAUUGGAAACUAAAACUGACUUCUACCAACUCAGUACUCUAAUAUCCAUUGAUUGCCCAGUGAUACUGAGAUGAUUAGUCUAAUUUUUAUGCUUCCCUGUAACAUUUCAGUAGGUCUCCAUUACAGAAAUCUCAAAAAGAAUACAUGAGCUCUUAUUCCACAGUUCUGACUUUAGCCAUUGAUUACAUGGUCAUACUGCAGUAUGAGGAUUUGCCUCAUCCAUCAAGAAUAUUUAUGGAGCAGAAGACAAGUUCAAGAAAACUGUCCUUUGUCUCUACAUAAAAGCCUAAAGGAUUUGUUGCUAAAGUAAAUUUCUAAAUUUCACAGGGAAGAACAGCAUACCAUAGAAUGUACAUUAGGCAAAUACUUUACCAUUACAACUGACAUGGUAAUGAACAGAAAGCUGACAGCAAUGUUAGAUUUUCAUGAGCCACGAUAUUAGUGAUAAAUAGUUACCAGGUAAUUAUCAUUUUCAAUUAUGCAAUUAACUCAUGUCUCAUGCCUCACAAAUAAAUAAAGAACAUAAAACAUAGCUUUUAAAAAUAAUAUAUUCUCAUUAAAAAAUUCUAGAGUUGUAGCUUAUAGGUUUAAGAAAUCUUUAAAGCACAGUUUAAUAACAAAUCUAUUUCCAGUAUGAUGUUGUUCCAUGAUGUCCUCAUUUUUCAUUUUUGCCACUUAUUACAAAAUUAUAAAAAUCAAAUGUACAGUGACAUAAGCUGAGCCUCUGAAUAAUGAAUAUAACAAAAAUAUCCCGUGAAAUAAAUUUUAAGUGAACAUUUUACACAUACAGAAGUUCUCUGCACACUUUUAAAUUUCCCAAUUAUCAUCAGUUUGGUUUGUAUUCUUGACUUGUUCCUACCAUCUGCAUAUAAAUAUCUACUGAGUAUUGAGUAAGACUUUUACUAUAUUCUAUCAAUAUACACCUAUAUAUAACUUUUUAAACUAUACAUACAAAAGAGUACAUGAGAGUACUGUUAUGAAGCACUAUCAUGAGUACUACACCCACGAAUGUACCACCUGCCCUGAAAACUGGAUUGUGACCAAUCUUUGUACCAGCCUAACAGUUCUUUCCCAACUCCUGCCUGUCCUCCACAAGUAGUUGCUAUCCUCAAUUUUGUGUUUUAUCAUCCCCCUUUUUAAAAUAACAUUAUCACACAUAUCUGUAACCCUAAGUAAUAUAUUUUUUAAUUUGCUUGGUUUUUGAGCUUUAUAAAAAUGGCAUCUUAUUGUAUAUAGUUCUCUGCUUCUUCUUUUUUUCCCUCAAUGUUAUAUUUCUAGAUCCUUCCAUGUUGUUGCAGAUAGUUCCAUCAUUUUCACUGCUAUAUAAAAUUUCACUGUGGGAUUGUUCUAUAGUUUAUGUACUCAUCUCUCUUCUAUAGUCAUUUGAGUUUCCAGUUUUUUGCUACUAUGAUCAACAAUUUCAUGAAUUAAUUUUGCACUAUCUCUUGGUGCAUAUAUGCAAGAGUUUUUCUAAGAUCCAUACCUAGGAGUGAAAUUACUGGGUAAUUGGGAAUAAGAAUGUUCAACUUCACAAUGUAAAGCCAAAUUGUUUUUGAAAAUACACUCCUGCUAUUUAUGCUUUCACCAACAAUGUGAUCAAAGCUCCUUAAUAUAAGGGAUGAUUACUACAAAUUUUAUCUUUAAAGUGAUUUUUAAUACUGGUCCUUUCAGCUAAUGGUUAACCAUGAUUGUGACUAUUAAACCAUACUGAAUCUUUAGUGUUUCUCAUAAAAUCUCUCUAGAUAAAAAUUUUAAUAAAUCUUCAGUUUUAAAUGCCA